AUGCCUGGAACGGCGCAAUACCUUGAGCGUGGGGGGCUCCUCCAAAGAUUCCGCGACUCAUCUGAGGACUGGCAUACGAGUGGAGAAUCACAAUCAAAUAAUACUACAUCAUCAGGAUCGAUAGGCACACAGCACGAUUUCAGAUUUCCACGAAGGCCCGAGAAUCUAUCUACACACCCGACAUCUGCGAGUCAAUCAACGAACAACUACAACAAUUCCGACGACCAGAUAAAGAGCCCCGGCGCGAGCGCAACAGCUCAGGAAGACAAACUGGAUCACCCAGCGUCAAGCCGUGCGCGCGAUGAUUUGCUCGGUGAGAGUUUCUUUCCAACCUGGAAAGAUGGCUCCGCCGGCGAGGAGCUCGAUGAUACGGAUGAGAUGCAAAAGAAAGAUCCUUUGGCAACACAGAUUUGGAAGUUGUACAGUAAAACAAAGAAGACUUUGCCCAACCAGGAGCGAUUGGAGAACUUGACAUGGCGCAUGAUGGCAAUGAAUCUGCGAAAGCGCAAGCAGGAGGAAGAUAAUCGAUCAUCUCAACAGAAUCAAACCUCAACUGUACCAAGUGGAAUUGCUCAGCUAAGGAAAUCUACAGAUCAGGCGACUGUAGAUACUUCUGAUGCUAUGAAUUUGGACGAUUUCAUAUUUUCCGAUAGUAUAUCCACGCCAGCCGGGCUCGCCACUUCGCCUUCGCCAGAACUCAUGAAAAAAGAGGUCGAGAAGCCAUCAAGCACUGUAGCUUCGGCGAUUCCUAUCAAAAUGCGGAAAGAAUCGGCGCCGUUGCAGUUUUCUGCCCCACAAUCUGUUCCAGUUCCUCAUCACGCCCCUCGAAGCAACGAUGAAUUUAAUUAUGUGCAGAGACAUGUGAGGAAAACAAGUAUUGAUGAGCGCCGUGCCCGCAAACGACCGGCCGAUUUCUCGCCUCAAGUCAACAGCAUAAUGAUCCCCAACGACCCUGAUCAUGAUGAUCUCCCAGAGUAUUCUCUAAACCAACCUCAUCCACCAUUUAGCAGCCACGGAGUGUCGGGAAUACCAUUUCAACUAGAUACCUUCAACAUGGACAAUGACCCGAUCAUCACCUCAGCAGGUCCUUUUCAACAAAAUUUUAACUUCUCCCCAUCACAUUCGCCCCUUGUUCCUCAUGGACCCUUCUCUUCAAUGUACAAUAAUGCUUCGAUGCCAUCUUCUUCUUUGAACUCGAACGACUACUACUCUCCUCCUGGAAGUGCCUAUCCUUCUACAGUCUCUACUCCUCAACCCAUCCCAGAGGGACAGGAAAUGUACUUCCAACAUGGGAUGAACAUGCGACACCAACGUCCUCACACCUUCAAUCAAGGACCUUCCAGUCUCUCCAAUUCCAUGGCGCCUCAAUACAUGUACAACGGCAAUGGCGGAUCUAUGUUUAGUGCAGUGACAACCUCCGGUCCGUCGCACAACUCCUAUGCCUCUGCUGGUUUUGGCGGACCGCCAAGAAAGCAAGUUACUAUUGGAGGAACAGAAAUGGUAUCAUCACCAUUGGAGUGGGAUGGAUCUGGAGGUUCUCUUGGGAGACAUCACGGUUCAACUCAGUCCGUUUCUGAUAAUCGCUCAAGAACCGAUAGAAGACAAAAGAUCCCCCGAACCGCCUCGACACCAAAUGCAGUCCUUCUCGGCCAGAACAGCAUGUUCGAUAACUCGGGACCAUCUGGACCAAACUCGCCACCAGAUGGAAACAACAUGUCAGGAUUCUCAUCGGUAGCACCCAGUAGACCAGGAUCCCCUGGUGGAUCUAAACACGGUUCAACUACCAAUCUUGCAGCCGCUGGUCAAGGGGACAAUGGUGUACCAACUACCUGUACGAAUUGUUUUACACAAACAACACCUCUUUGGAGACGAAACCCAGAAGGCCACCCACUCUGCAACGCUUGCGGUCUCUUCCUCAAACUACACGGCGUUGUGCGCCCUUUGUCUUUAAAAACAGAUGUCAUCAAGAAGCGAAAUCGCGGUUCUGGUGCUACGCUUCCAAUUGGUACUUCGGGCGGUGCUUCGACGAGAGCUUCUAAGAAGAUAGGCACAAUGAGCAGUGGACCCAAUACUAGAAAGAAUUCGAUAGCUGCAGCUACAAGCAUGGCCAACACAGCACCUCCAACACAAGUAACUACACCUACUAGCAGUCAUGGAAGAAAUGCAAAUGAGAGUGCCAGUCCUCCUUCAAUUGCGGGUUCAUUAGGAAAUGGAGGAAGCACUGCAGGCAGUACUCCAACUUCAUACCAUGGUUCCGCGGGAUCUUCCUCAGGUACAAUAGGUGUGAGUGGAGGUAAGGGUGUAGUUCCUAUAGCUGCUGCUCCACUGAAAGCAACACCGGGCCCUGGUGCGGCAUCUACUAUGCCUCGAUCAAAUGCAGUACCCAAACGACAAAGGAGACACAGCAAGAGUGUCAGCGCAAUUGAGAGUAUGGACAUUGAUUCCCCCGAAACUUCGACUGGUAGCAAUGAGGCAGCGAAAUCUAUUGGUAUGGGAUUGAUGGGUACCUCUAAUGGAGCCAUGGGCAACAUGAGCCUAGGAAAUGGAUUUGGUAUGCCAGGACGACCAAUGAUGGGACCAGGAAGUUCUGGAAUUCAAAUGGGUUUGGGAGGAUCACAACAUGGAAUGGCUAUGAAUGGUCAGAAUGGACCUAACGGUUCAAGUGCCGGUCCUCAAGAAUGGGAAUGGCUAACCAUGAGUCUUUGA